AAGUAUCUGAAUGCUUUUUCCACCUCUAAGUGCUGUAUUCUUAUUUUUCAUUUCUUCUUAAAACCUUAAAAGCCCAAACAGUACAACUGCGUGGUCACAUCCUGUCUGACGGGUGGUUGUCACCGCCCCUGCGGUACGCCCAAGGACAACAAAUCAAGCAUCCUCUCUGCGAAAGAAACGGCUGGAAAACACUUCCGGGUGUCUUUGACUCGUCCUGACUUUAACUCGGGAACUUUGUGCACGGAGUUUGGUCCAGUUUGUCACAGCUAGAUAUGAAGAGUUGGAGGAACAGCAGACAGCAGGAGACGAAGUGACGGUCAGACGAAGAAAGAAGUUUGUUUUCAACGCUGUGAAGGAGAGAGAAGAAGUCGAGAAGUGGGAGGAGUGAGAUGAUGGAGGUGGCGGAGCAGAGAGGAGGCGUCACAGAAAAGGAGGAGACUCCUCCGAGGGAGGCAAACAGUAACUGCAACCACACUGACAACAGUGUCGCUUCCUGUCCAGCCGAGGCCACGCCAGAGGUUGCCAUGGAAACGGAACAGAGCAAAGAUGUCCCAGUGACACCACAGAAACCAGGACCUGUGGUUGUCCAAGCCAACAACAAAAACCCGGCCACUGAAAAGCUGGAGAAAGUCCGCAAGUGGAGCAUCACCACCUACAAGUGCACCAGGCAGGCUCUGUCAGAAAAGCUUGGCCGUGGAUCUCGUACAGUGGACCUGGACCUGGAGCCUCGCCUUGAGCUGCUCAAAGACGACCGACUGCGCUACGAAAACGUCACCAAGCUGGCUCAGACGCUGGCCAAUCAGCUCGCUCAGUUUACAGUUACCCAGAAGACACUGGGGGACGCCUUCACUGAGCUCAGCCUCAAAACACCAACACUGCAUGUGGAGUUUGGUGUGAACGCAGAGGCUCAGAGGUUUCUGUCAAAGAGCGGCGAGACUCUGACGGCGGCCAUUAACGGCUUCACAUCUGACAUGAACACCCUGGUCAACAAAACGAUCGAGGACACCAUGAUCAGCGCCAAACAGUACGAGGCCGCCAGGAUCGAGUAUGAUGCGUACCGGGUCGACCUGGAGGAGCUGAACCUGGGACCUCGGGACGCCGUCACUCUGCCCAAACUGGAGCUGGCCCAGAAAGACUUCCAGAACCAGAGGGAGAGGUACGAGAGGAUCAGGGACGCCCUGUCCGUCAAAGUUAAGCUGCUGCAGGAAAACAAGGUUAAAGUCCUCCAUAACCAGCUGUGGCUGCUUCACAGCGCCGUCGCUGCUCACAGUUUAUCGUGUCAGAGCUUCCUGGAGCAAAACAUCCAGCAGGCCACCGAACACCUCAACAACCCCAGCGUGGACGCCCCCUCCUGGCUGGAGAGUUGACCCAUCAUGGCAAGUGGACGGAUGUUGGGUUCAGCAGAUAUUUUGCAGCACAUUCAGUGUGGGUUGUCCCCUGACUUUCCUCCAGCAGAUUGAUCUCACGCUCGCAACAAAGAAAUCCUCUCAGAUAAAGACUGACUCUGGAUCAGUCUGCGGUCCAUCUCAAAAGACCAAAAGUAAAAGGUUAAAGUGGGAUUUUCCUUUUUAUUGGAAUUGUAAAUGCUACUUAAAUUGUUUUAUUGUUGUUGGAAAUGUUUGUAUGUAACUGCCAAAUAAAUCUAUUAAACCAAAAAUGUGAC